ACUUGGUUCGUUGUGUUCGCGUGUUAUUACGAUUUUCGACAAAACAAAAAGAAAUCUUAAAAAGAAAAAGAGAUAGAGAGAGUGUGAGAGAGAAAGAAAGAUAGGAUGGGUGGGAAGAUUAGAGAGAGAAAGACUGUUCGUUCGUUUGUUCGUAGUUUCUCUAUUAAUCGAAAAUUCCAAUUCCAAUCUUUUCUUCUUCUUCAUCUUCUUUUAAUUUCUUUUCUCUUUCAAUUAUUUAUUAUCCUUAUUCUUCUUCAAAUCUCACCGCACAUCUCAAUCACACUCCUCCUCCAUAGAACAACAGAUCAUCUAGAGAGAGACCGCACGGGUCUUCCUUUCGUCAAUUCCCAAAAAUAAUCAUAUUGCCUCUCUCCAGUCUCCUCCACUAUUGUUUCCCAGAUCUGGGUUUUUCUUCUUUUGAUCACCUGUUCUUCAAUCCCCACCACUUGGGUUUUGUUUGAUCUCAAAGAUUUCUUCUAGGGUUUCAAUCUUUUUCUACUAUGGAAGAAGAAGGUACUGCCACAGUUACGGGCGGCGGUGGCGGCGGAGAAGGCGGCGGAGGAGGAGGAUCGGAAGGAGAGAAGAAGCUUCCAGAAGGGGAGCUUAAAGUGAAACGUAAGAUGAAGACUGCUUCCCAGUUGGAGAUUCUUGAGAACACAUACGCUGUGGAGACAUACCCAUCGGAGACUAUAAGAGCAGAGCUGUCUGAAAAACUGGGACUUUCCGAUAGACAGUUACAGAUGUGGUUUUGUCAUCGGAGAUUAAAAGACAGAAAGACUCCACCUGUUAAACGACAGAGAAAGGAUGUUUCUUCUCCGGCGAAGGAUGAAAUAGUUGGAAACGAACAUGCAUCCGGUUCGGGAUCAGGGUCCGGUUUAUUCCCUAAUACUGAGCAACGGCGAACCGGAGUUGCUCUUGCUAGAGUUUCACCAACAAUGAAAAGAUACUAUGAACCUCCUCAAGCUAUUUCAGAGUUAAGAGCAAUUGCUUUUGUUGAGGCUCAACUUGGUGAGCCAUUGAGAGAAGAUGGUCCGAUUCUUGGAAUGGAGUUUGAUCCAUUGCCUCCCGGCGCAUUUGGUGCUCCUAUUGCACCAGUUGGGCAAGUGAAAUCGGUUGCACGAUCAUAUGAUGUGGCUCCAUAUGAACAUCCUGUUCCUAAGAUUGUUAAGGGUCCUCCGAGGAUGGUUCACGAGUACCAAUUUCUACCCGAACAGCCUUCCAUUAAAACGGAAGCAUACGAAAGGGCUGUUCCUUCACAUUACUUUGGUUCUCCAGUUGAUUCCAAACCAAAUGACCGGCCUUUCCUUCAUGGAAGUGAGCCUCCGAUUCCAAGUUUAAGUCUCGUACCUCAUCAGCAUGAUACCAACAGGUUGCCUAUAUCGGCUUCUGGAGAAUAUGUUGGCAUCGAUCCUAAUUUGCUGUUGGAGAGACGUGCUGUACAUGAUGAGGAGAUUGCACGAAAUGAGAGAAAGCGGAAGAGUGAGGAGGCGAGAUUAGCUAAAGAAGUGGAAGCCAAUGAGAAGAAGAUUCGGAAGGAGCUUGAGAAACAGGAUAUCUUGAGAAGAAAGAGAGAAGAACAGACAAGGAAAGAAAUGGAGAGGCUGGACCGUGAGAGGCGUAAAGAAGAAGAAAGACUUCUACGUGAAAAGCAGCGGGAAGAGGAGAGAUACCAAAGGGAGCAAAAGCGUGAGAUGGAACGGAGAGAAAAGUUUUUGCAGAAGGAAUCAUUGAGGGCAGAGAAACUGAAACUGAGAGAAGAAAUGCGUCGAGAAAAAGAGGCUGCCAGGCUUAAAGCUGCUACUGACCGAGCUACUGCCCGAAGAAUGGCCAAAGAAUCAAUAGAGCUCAUUGAAGACGAGCGGUUGGAACUCUUGGAGUUAGCAGCUCUGAGCCGCGGUUUGCCUUCUAUACUCUCACUCGACAGUGAAACUCUUGAAAAUAUCGAGCUUCUAAGAGAUAAACUACCUGCAUUCCCUCCCAAAUCUGAACAUAUGAAGAGACCUUUCGCAAUUCAACCUUGGAUAGAUUCUGAAGAAAACGUAGGAAAUCUCCUAAUGGUUUGGAGAUUUUUAAUCACGUUUGCUGACGUUCUUGGUCUUUGGCCGUUUACAUUGGAUGAAUUCGUACAAGCCUUUCAUGACUAUGAUUCCAGAUUGUUGGGCGAGAUUCAUAUUGCCCUUCUAAGAUCUAUAAUUAAGGAUAUUCAAGAUGUCGCUAGAACACCUUCCAAUGGGUUGGGAGCCAAUCAAAAUACGGCUGCAAACUCUAGCGGUGGACAUCCCGAUAUUGUUGAAGGGGCGUAUUCGUGGGGUUUUGAUAUUCGAAUCUGGCAACACCACUUAAAUCCAUUAACUUGGCCUGAGAUACUGCGGCAGUUUGCCUUGUCUGCGGGAUUGGGACCCAAGUUAAAGAAGAGGAACGUCGAACCAGCUUAUCAUCGAGAUGAAAAUGAGGUUAAUAAUGGCGAAAGUAUCAUAUCUAAGUUAAGAAAUGGAACUGCAGCAGAAAAUGCCUUUGCUAAAAUGCAAGAAAGAGGUUUUGGAAAUCCGAAGAGAUCUAGGCAUCGGUUGACUCCUGGAACUGUUAAAUUCGCUGCAUUUCACGUUCUUUCUCUCGAGGGAAGCAAAGGAUUAUCGAUUCUAGGAGUUGCAGACCGAAUUCAGAAAUCGGGACUUCGAGACCUCACGACAAGCAAGACACCAGAAGCAUCUAUUGCUGCAGCUUUGUCUAGGGAUACAAAGCUAUUUGAAAGAACGGCUCCUUCUACAUAUUGCGUUCGCUCUCCCUACAGGAAGGACUCCAUUGAUGCCGAUUCAAUACUUUCUGCAGCCAGAGAGAAAAUUCAGGUGUUCAAAAACGGCUACUUCGACGGAGAAGAAGCAGAUGAUGUUGAAGCAGAUGACGUUGAAAGAGAUGAAGAUUCCGAAAGUGAUGCUGACGAGUUAGUAACUACCGAACCAAAGUCGGUUACUAUUAAGGAAGCCGAGCCUAUUUCUCAUUCAUCAAUUAAAACGCCAGAAACCGAUGUAAUUUGUCAGAAUAAUAAUAAUGUUAUAUCUUUAGAGGAGGAAGACACUUUCGUUGACGAAAGUAACCUUGGAGAGACAUGGGUUCACGGGCUAACCGAGGCAGAGUAUUCAGAUUUGAGUGUUUUGGAACGUCUUAAUGCUCUCGUAUCUUUAAUAAGUGUCGCUAAUGAAGGAAACUCAAUCCGUGUUGUGCUCGAGGAGCGGUUGGAAGCUGCAAAUUCCUUGAAGAAGCAAUUGUGGGCCGAGGCACAAGUUGAUAAGCGUCGGAUAAAAGAAGAGUAUGUGGCGAAGAUCCAGUAUUCAUCUUUAUCAACUAGCAAGGUUGAUCAAAAUGAUUUGGAUGAUCCUCCUCUACUAUUAUUACAGCAAGAACAACAUCCUAAUGAUAUCCCGAUUAUUAAUAAUUUUACGAAUACGUCGAAUCCAAUGAUAUUGUCGACAGAUGGGACAGAUAGUAUUAUUACUCUUCACCAAACCGGAUAUGCAGCCGAGAAGUCGCGAUGGCAACUAAAAGCUUAUAUCGGGCACAAAGCCGAGGAGAUGUACGUUUACAGGUCUCUCCCGCUUGGACAAGAUCGCAGACGCAAUCGCUACUGGCGGUUCGUAACUUCAGCUUCUCAUAAUGACCCUGGCUCAGGGAGACUCUAUAUUGAGCUACGCGAUGGCUCGUGGAGAGUCAUAGACUCUGAAGAGGGUUUUGAUUCUUUGCUCGCGUGUUUGGACAUUCGCGGGCUUCGAGAAUCGCAUUUGCACUCGAUGUUGUUAAAGUUUGGUGGAUCUUUUCGAGAAUCCAUUAGAAGGAAGAAGAUAAAAGGAGAUGUUUCUUUUGGUUCCAAUGUAACAAGAUAUCAAGAAUUUGAGAAGUGGAUGUGGGAAGAGUGUACCGAUCCUUUGUUAUUACGUGCAACUAAGAACACCGAGAACAAACAGAAGCAACAACAGCUAUUAAAAGUUUGUGGUGAAUGCAUGGAAUUAUACCUUCUUGAAGAUAAUCACUGCCCGUCUUGCCAUACGACGUUUGCGUCCUCUACGAUUGAAGAAGAUAAAUUUACGGAACAUGCCAUUAAGUGUAAAGAUGAAUCAAAGGGGGUAAAAUUGCAUGAACUGAAAUCAGUUCCUUCCUUGAAGAAUGUGCUAUUAAAAGCAUUGUUAGCUUCAAUAGAGAUGUCUGUCCCUGCUGAAGCCUUGCGAUCAGGUUGGUCUGGUGAUUUCCGAAAGCUGUGGUGUAUGAAGCUUUUAUCGAUAUCUUCAACUGAGGAUAUCCUUAAGAUUCUAACUUUGGUGGAAGGUGCUAUAAGAAGAGAUUCCUUGUCCUCGAGCUACGAGACAACUGCCGAGUUGAUAGGUUGUGGUUAUGUACCGGAGUCAGAUGACGAUAUAUUAUCUGGUCUUGAAAGGAUUUCGGUUCUUCCUUGGAUACCUAAGACAACUUCUGCGGUUGCUUUGAGAUUGAUGGAGCUUGAUGCGUCAAUUUCUUAUGUUCCUGGUCGUCAACCAAUGGAUUCUUUUAAUACCGCGGUGAGCACCCUUUUUGGUGAAACUUAUAAAAUGUUUUCAAAUUGGCCCAUAUAUAUGAAUGACAUUUAUACCUUUUUCUUUUGUUUGUUAAUUUUCUUUCUUUCUACUCAGGCUCAGGCCCUGCCAUCAUCUAAGUUUUCGGUUGUGAAGAACAUCCCGGAUGACAAUCUCACACACACGCCACACGAAGUUGACAAUCUUCUCCUCGAUUCAUGGGUAGAUUCUUCCGCAGACCCCACGAUCCAAGGAAGAGGUCGUGGACGAGGCCGCGGCGGUCGCACCACACGCGGUGGUAGAUCGCAACGGAAAAGCAUAUCCUCUUCCGGCAGAAAAAGUGGUACGUCAGGAAACACUGAUGGGUUCGGACAGUUAUCUGGAUGGAAAGGAAAAGCAGCCCGUGGACGAGGUGGCCAUAAACGAGGCCGUAGAACAGCUAGAACCAGGCAAAAAACAAAACCUCGGGUGGUAGUAGCCAAAACCUCGGUUGGUCUAAAUAAACAACAAAUCCCACCUAGCGUCUCACAAUGGAUCGAAGAAGAAACGGUCAGGGUUGAACCGAAACAUUCCCCGACAUCAAGUAGCUCGGAAAGUUCGGACUACGAUGAUUACAAUAACGAUGGUCAGGCAACCGGGGACGAGUAUGAUGACAUGAUUACUAAUGAUUAUGUCGGAAUUAAUGGGAAGCCUGAGCGUCUUGCUGGGGGGCGUCUCAGUUACGAUAAUAUAGAUCAGCGUGUGGAAGGAGAAGAGUUCGAUAAUGAGGAUAUUGAUAGCGACGAUGAUGACGAUGCGCAAGGAGAUAUGGACGUGGAAAAUUAUAUAAACGACGAAUCUGACAAUGAAAUGAACAGAGAUGAGUUUAGGAACCAAACCGAUAACAUGGAUGAGAUCGAAGAGAAUUCGGCAUCUUCUACGUCGGGUUACAGUGAUUAGUAUUUAGUAGAGUAGAUUUCUUCAGGGUUAUAGAGUAGCAAUGUAUAAGAGUUAUAUCAAUAAGUUUUUUUUUUUUUUUCUUUUUUUUUUGGCUAUUAUGUUGAGCCAUUUAGUUGUAUUAUUAUGUAGUAUUACAAGUUCAUUGCUGUUGGAAGGUUCUGGAAGUUUGGUUAAAUUGUUUGAAACCAACCUCCACAGAAAAGAACAUUGUACUACUUAAUUAAGAACCCAACUAUGAACAAACAUCAUAUGAUCCUCAUCAGUUUUUAACCAUA